UAUGGUGUAUGCCUAAGAGCAAAUCACAAAACAUAGCCAAUAUUCUACUAUUGUCAUGCAUUUCUUAACUUGCCUUGUUCCUCUGUUUUUAGUGCUCUCUGUCUCCUCUCCUCUUGUAUUAGCCUCCAAAGACGCAAUCUGUAAUGACACUCCUUUUCCACCCUUCUGCAAAUCAGUUCUGCCAUCAAAUGACUCUUUUUCCAUUCAUGACCAUGGUAGGUUCUCCGUGAACCAAUCGAUAUCGUCUGCGAAAGCCUUAAUGUCAUUGGUACAAGGUUUUCUUGAUCAUCAAGACUCUCUGUCAGAGACCAUGAUUCAUGCUUUGGAAGAUUGCAGGCUUCUCGAAAGCUCUAACAUCGAGUUCUUGUCGAAAACUCUGGAAACUAUCCGUUCGACAGAUAGUUUAGCAAGUUCAGGAGAUGAAGAUGAUCUGUUGACGUUGCUUAGUGCAACGAUGACUAACCAACAAACAUGUUUAGAUGGUCUCGAAUCAAUUUCUUCCCCUUCUAAUCCUGCAAGCGCUCUUCGAGCUCCGUUACUCAAUGGAACCAUGAUGUACAGUGUAUCACUUGCCAUUUUUAGGCAUGGAUGGGUUUCGGAUGCAAGACAGAGCAGAACUCUGAUAGCGCGAAAGCUGGGAAGAAAGCCGCCAACAUCUCCUGGCCUGGUGCUUUAUCCCGGUGGUAAUGUUGUGAAGGUAAUUCAGACAGUUGUUGUGAAUUCUAGUGGUGGUGGAGAUUUUAGGACCAUCAGUGAAGCGGUAGCUGCAGCACCUAAUAAUACGGAUGGAAGCAACGGUUUCUAUGUGAUUCGUGCUGCGGCUGGGAUUUAUAAUGAGUAUGUUAAUAUAAUAUCUUCGAAGAAGUACUUGAUGAUGAUUGGAGAUGGAAUUAACAAGACUAUAAUUACUGGCAAUCGCAGCGUUGCUGAUAACAUCACUACUUUCGACACUGCAACACUCAUUGUGACGGGACAAGGGUUUGUUGGUGUGAACAUGACCAUCCGUAACACAGCUGGAGCAGCCAAUAAGCAAGCGGUGGCAGUUCGAAGUAAUGCAGACCUUUCAACCUUCUAUCGUUGUAGCUUCGAGGCCUAUCAAGACACUUUAUACCCUCAUUCUUUUAGACAAUUCUACAGAGAGUGUGACAUCUAUGGGACUAUAGAUUUCAUAUUUGGAAAUGCAGCCGUUGUUCUUCAAAACUGCAACAUUUUUCCUCGGCUUCCUCUUCAAGGCCAGUUCAACGCAGUCACUGCACAAGGCAGAACUGACAUAAAUCAGAAUACAGGAACCUCCGUUCAAAAUUGCACUAUCACACCGGCCGAAAACCUGGGAUCAACUGCCACUUAUCUAGGAAGGCCUUGGAAGGAGUACUCAAGAGCUGUUUUUAUGGACUCAUUUAUGGAUAGCCUAAUUCAUCCUGCUGGUUGGAUUGCAUGGUCUGGAGAUUUUGCACUCAAUACAUCUUACUAUGCUGAAUUUAACAAUAGCGGACCAGGAUCAAAUACCAGCAACAGGGUUACUUGGGAAGGUUUUCAUAUAAUCAAUGCGACAGAUGCCGUAAAUUUCACAGUCUCCAACUUGAUUUCUGGAGCAAGCUGGUUGCCUGCCACAGGAGUUCCAUACAAUGCUGAUUUAUAAAGUAUCAGGGUACUGUCAAUAAAAAUACACUCAGGAUAACGAUUUGUGAAUUUGUGUGUUCAGUUAAAAGGUUAGGUUGUCAAAAGCUCAAAGCUAAUGGGUUAAACUUAAAUUUAUAAUCAACAUAAUAAAUCAUCAUAUAUAUGUAUUUCUAAUAAA